AUGGAGAGUCACGAGGAUGUCCACGUGAUGAUCUUGAAAGUGGUCCGCACCCAAUCAAUCGAGAAGCUCGUUAGAGCUUCCCCCAGUUCUUGUCGGAGCCUAGCUCCGGGCCCCGAUGCGACUACAGCCUUUACAACUGUAACGACUAUCAAUCCUCGACCGACGGGAGGUUCUAUUGCUGAUUAUCGCGUCGCAAAUACAUCUGGUGAUACGGCAGUGAUCUCCGUGUACUGCACUGUACUUGGAACACCUGGGACUCAGCAACCAACUUCACGACCCUCAGAAGGCAUCCCCGAAGUCCUGUGGUUGGCAGACAUAUCCCGAAUUGCAUUGGCUGAGCGAAUCUGUACUGAGGUCACUCACAUCAAGACUGCCAACAUGGCCGCCGACUCCUCCCUUGUUGACCUCCAUGAUGCGUCCAUGUCAGAUGACAAGGACGAUCUGGACUCUCUCCCAUCUAUAUCUACCGACGACAUAUACUCCGAUACCUCCGAUACCGAUGCUCAAGCGGAGUGGGAGCGUAGCCUCGAACAACUACAAUUGAUAUUGACAAUGAUGAUUGUGCCCUGGAUGGGUAAAUACUUUGGUCGCAAAUUUGCCUACUGGAGUUGGUCUCGAUACAUGGAGUGGGCGCAUAACGUCGACAUUCGAUUGACAAAUAAGGCGACCUUCAAGGCGGCGGGUGUUGUGGAAACAGCAGCUACGUUAUAG